UCGCACUAGCGGCCAAUCCGAUUCAUGAGGUACGCGGCGCGGAGACCUGCGGCUGCGCUGCUAUCCCCGCCGACUCUCUCCUGCUCGCCUCCCUCCUCCGCGCCGCUCCUCCACUCCCUCCUCGCAACACCGCCCCAAGGAGGAUCGGUCCUGAUUCCCCGCCAGCGCCUCAGCAACUCCGUACCCAUAGGCCAUCACUUCCACGAUGCACGCAGGGCGCUCGACGAAACCCCCAAGCGGACCACCCCAUCCGCGUGGACAUCAGCCAUCGCGGCCUGCGCGCGCGGGGGGCGGCACCGGGACGGCCUGGCCACGUUCACCGAGAUGCUCGCCCAACGCGGCGGAGCCCCACCAAACAAGUUCGUCCUCGCCGCCGUCCUCAAAUGCUGCGCGGGGCUCGGUUCCACAGAACCAGGCAGGCGCAUCCACGGCUGGAUGCUGCGGAACGGGGUGCGCAUGGACGGCGUUCUAAGCAACGCCCUCCUCGACAUGUACGCCAAGUGCGGCGACUACGGGCGGACCCGGCGGGCGUUCACAACAAUGCCUCAUACAGACGCCGUGUCCUGGAACAUCGUGAUCGGCGCGUGUCUGCAGAGCGGCGACAUCCUCGGGUCGGUGCGGCUCUUCGACGCGUCGCCGGUGCGGGACGCGUCGAGCUGGAACACCAUCAUCAGCGGCUUGAUGCGGAACGGCUGCCCCGCCGAGGCGCUGGAGCGCCUGCAUCGUAUGGCGCGGGCCGGGGUGGAGUUUAACCACUACACGUACUCCACGGCGCUUGCCCUGGCUGGCAUGCUCUCCUCGCCACGCCUUGGGCGCCAGCUCCAUGGCCGUGUGCUGACGGCCGCGACGGAGGCCGACGCGUUUGUUCGGAGCUCUCUCAUGGACAUGUACUGCAAGUGCGGCGCAAUGGACUCUGCUCUGUCAAUCUUCGAUAGAUGCUCGUAUGUUACCGGUGACGUGAACUUCGCGUGGAGCACGAUGGUCGCUGGGUACAUCCAGAAUGGCAGGGAGGAGGAAGCUCUCGAGUUCUUCCGCUUGAUGCUGCGUCAAGGGGUUGCAGCGGAUCGGUUCACCCUCACCAGCGCGGUUGCGGCGUGCGCAAAUGCAGGGAUGGUUGAACAAGGCAGGAUGUUCAGCAGAGCUCACACCAAGAGCGUUGCUCUCUGGACUUCGAUGCUGUGCUCCUAUGCGUCGCACGGGAAAAGCAGGAUGGCCAUACAACUCUUCAACACGAUGACUGCAGAGAAGAUCACACCCAAUGAGGUUACCCUCGUAGGUGUUCUAUCUGCCUGUAGCCAUGGCAGGUUGGUGACUGAAGGAGACCGCUUCUUUAAGCUUAUGCAAGAAGAGUAUGGAAUCGUUCCAAGCAUUGAGCAUUACAAUUGCAUGGUUGAUCUUUAUGGUCGAGCUGGACUGCUCGACAAGGCAAAUAACUUCAUCAUGGAAAACAAAAUUAAGCACGAAGCUAUUGUUUGGAAGACAUUACUGUCUGCUUGUCGGGUUCACAAGGACAUGGAGCACGCAAAGCUUGCUUCUGGAAAUUUGAUUCAUCUGGAACAAUGUGAUGCAGGAUCAUAUGUUAUGAUGUCAAACAUGUAUGCCACUCACAGCAAAUGGCUUGACACUUUGAAGCUCAGAAGUUCCAUGCGGGAAAAGAGGGUCUGGAAGCAACCCGGACGAUCUUGGAUCCAUCUGAAGAACAUUGUGCAUACAUUUGUCGCAGGGGACAUAGCUCACCCAAGAUCAACUGAAAUCUAUGAUUACUUGGAGAAGUUGAUGGAGAGACUGAAGGAACUGGGGUACACAAGUAGAACUGAUCUUGUUGCUCAUGAUGUAGAGGAGGAACAGAGGGAAACAGCUCUGAAGUUCCAUAGUGAGAAGCUUGCCAUCGCGUUUGGGAUCAUCAGCACUCCGAGUGGAACUCCACUUAGGAUCUUCAAGAAUCUUCGUGUUUGUGUGGACUGCCAUGAAGCAAUCAAGUAUGUAAGCCGAGCCACAGAUAGAGAGAUUGUUGUGCGAGAUUUGUACCGGUUUCACCAUUUCAAGGAUGGAAAGUGUUCUUGUGAGGAUUUCUGGUGAAACCUUUACCUUAACAAUUUCUGGGGACAAAUUUAUCUAUCAAAAGUAGCUGGGAUAUUGCUCUACGUUGAUGCGUUUGAACAACAAGAUUGUUUAGGUACAAUUGCUCCAGUCCGAGUGUGAAAGCAUGCGAGAGGGGAAAGAGCCGCAGACAACUAUUUCCAUUACUGACUUGCAUGGGUACAUAUGUUGUACAUGGUGAUUUACAUACCAACCAGCUAGAUUGGUUAGGUACAAGUGCAGUCGGUAUCCACAAUGACAGUGAUGUUAAGGUUAUCGUGCAACAGCGUGGAUGCCUCAGAUGCUCUAGCACCUAGUGCAGCAUACCACUUUGUAAGAUGACCUGUUCCAUCAAAUGCUUGCAGGGUAAACAAAAUACAGAUCCCAGCAAACCCAGCUCCAGGGUUUCCAAUGGUGGUACCAAAAGCAUAAAAAUGUUUAGGAGUUAGUUCAUUGAUGAAAUCUGUUUAUGUUAGUGUUGUGAUGCUCAAGGAUGACGUGAAAGCAGCUCAAGAUGGUCAUGAAGCUGCAAUGCAGGUGAUAAAACGGCUCGCUCCGCCCCACCGCUGGAACCCUU